AUGUCGCCAUUUACGGAAUCUCCCUCCUCUCUGCCGUCGCCUCAGCGUCACCCCGCCGUAUCUCAGUGUCCAGGAUGCGCCGUUCGUCAUCCCGACUGUCACACUCUAUCCCCCUUCGACGGACGACCAGAAAACCAUCUAUCUGUGGCAUACCUCAUCCUCAUGUUUUUGCGUCGUCGACAAGUCCGAGUCGAGCGCACGAAUGCAGAGGUGGCGGCGUGGACAUCCAAUAUUCAACCCGUUGAUUCGCAACUUCUCGACGCAAACGCAGUCCGGACACCCUCGCGUUCCCUCAGGCUGACUGGACGAUGCUCGUUGCCCAUGGCCAUAUACGGCGGCCGACUGGACUACCGGUAUGGCUUCCAACCGACCAUCGCGCCGUCGGAUCGUCUGUCUGACGAUCCCAAGCACGCAUGCUCAUGUCCUCCCACCGCGGCGGUCCGUUGCUCUACUCGAGUCAACACUUCAGGCCGGGUCCUUGGAAAUAGCCCAUUCAAGGCAGAUCUAACCAAGCCAAUCAAAACCAUCUCUACUCAUCCUAACCGUAAUGGUCUAUCGACCCCGCAGGAACUUGAUACGUCAGGGGGGACGGCGAAGUCACGGCAUGCCAAGGAAGCGGUUGAUCCCCAGGAUGUAGACAUCAGCUUUACACAUUUGGCACUCGACCGUCGAGUGCCAGUUGUAACCCGUUGCGUCACGGUCGCAGGAGGCCGGGAACUGGAAGAGUUGCGUUCUCAUUCACCUUUACGCAGGUUGAUCUCGCGAACCAGUGCCGCAAAGGUGCAGCCUCCUUCAUGCAAUGCUGAUGCGCCGAUGGCGGUCACGGCAGUGGAAGACGUGAAACCCACAGCUCACUGUCGGCGGAAGGCUGCUGUGGGUCCCCGGUUGGCAUGUGAAUGUGUGGCGACAAGAGUACACACGUCGGCGAUGGCGAUGUCAAGGAAUAUUGCACCAGCCCUCGCGCUUCGGCAAAAGGACCAUCCUACAUUGGGAACCACGGCGGGAAACGAUUGGACGAAAAGCGCCGUGUAA